AUGAUUACAGAUUCGAUCACCAACGCUUCUGCUACUGCAGCUCCUAGCGCGAGGGAUUUCGGAAAGAAGAAGAGGAACAAUAAGUCGGCAAAGAUGAAGCAGAACAAGCUCGGUCUCCGCCGUGAGCAAUGGCUUUCUCAAGCCGCGGUGACCAAUAAGGGGUGUAAAGAGGAGAGGAGUGGUAAUCGCAGUGCGAAACCUGAUCAGAGAGAUAAUCCAGUGGAGAAUUCAGAUGGGGUGCGUAGAGAAGAGAAUAAUAACGGUGGGAAUCCUCACCAUGGGAGCUUUAUGGAGUCACCUUCAAAUAGCUCCAUGGGAGGCACAGAUAUAAGCACUAACUUCAGUGGGAGAAGCAGCAGGAGUAGCAGUAGCAGCAGUGGCUUUUGCUCUGGUAACAUAACAGAGGAGGAAAAUGCAGAUGAUGAUGAUGAUGAUGACGAUUGUGUGGAUGAUUGGGAGGCUGUUGCUGAUGCUUUAGCGGCAGAGGAAGAGUCUCAGAAAGAGAGUCUCCUCCGUGAGCCUCCCAAAGAGCAAGAGAGUGUUGGACAAUCAGCUUCUAAUGUAGGUGGCUCGAGCAGUGAUGCAUCAGAUGUAAAAGAUGCAAAUCAGGAUUGCUUGAGAGUGCCAUCAAGAAAGCAGAAGAGCAAUCGAGCUUGGAGGCCCGACGAUGACCUUCGCCCUCAAGGGUUACCUAAUCUGGCGAAGCAGCUAAGUUUCCCGGAGUUGGACAAGCGUUUUAGCUCUGUGGCGAUUCCGUCUUCAUGUCCAAUCUGCUAUGAAGACUUGGACUUGACGGAUUCGAACUUCCUUCCAUGUCCCUGCGGAUUCAGGCUCUGUCUUUUCUGCCACAAGACGAUAUGCGAUGGAGAUGGGCGUUGUCCCGGCUGCAGGAAACCAUAUGAUCGGAAUGCGAUCAAGGCUGAGACUAGUGUUCAAGGUGGUGGUGGUAUAUCAGUUCGUCUGGCUCGUUCGUCUAGCAUGUUCUGCAGGUUUUAA